UGGCAACCUAAUUGCUGCUUUUCAUAUUUUCUUGAAACUUCAUGCCAUUAUAAUCAAGUUUCUGAAUACUGUACUGUAAUAAUGAACUUCAGAUCAGUGAUGUUGAAUAGUUUGAUGGGGUGGUUGGAAAUACAAGAAAUGUGAAUACUGUAUAAAACUUUAAGUUACUGUAUAAACACACACAUGUAUUAUGGUCAGUGAAUCCACUGUCAUUGCAUAGGUGUAGCCAAGAUAUAAGUCUUAUAAUAGAAGUCUUCUUAAAUUACCAAUUCAUUUGAAUUUCCUAAGUCACACUCUUGACAUCCAAGCAUUAUAUAAUUGAUUUGUUUUUAAUGCUGUAUCUUGUACUCUAAUGCAUGCCAAAGUACUAUGUUGGCCUUGGCAGGCUAGCAAUUGUACUCCUGUUAAGAUUCAUAUGAUUAAAUCAUAUACUAUACUGUAUAUAAAACUAUUUACAGGUGGUUAGGUAUGUAGGGAAAAUAAAUUCAGUAUAUGUAUGUAGAGAAAAUAAAUUCAGUAUGUGAAUCUAUUUAGGUAUGUAGAGAUAAUAAAUUCAGUAUUUGAAUCUAUUUGUAUCCAUGAUUAUGUUCAAAUAGUAAUCUUUUGCCAUAGCAAAGCUAUUGUUAAUGCAAAAUGUAAUACUCCACUGAUAAAGGAUCAUUACCUGAUAAGUACCAAACGGUACUUCUAACUUGUAAUAUUUACCAUGAGAGAGUGGUAUUGAAUGAUACAUUGGCAGUAACAAAUUAAUUUGAAUAUUACAAACAUGUCACAUAAACGUGGAAUUGAAGAGAAGGACAUAUAUUUCUUGAAGGUAUUUAAGGUAUUAAUGACUGAGGGUCGUAGUACUCUCUAUUAUAUAUUGUGUUGGGGUUGUGAUAGAGAUUUAGAUAAAACUAUUGAGCACUAUUUAAAAGAAGUUAAAAAGAUGUCUAAUCGGGAGUUCAAUAAGUUUUUUGACAAAAGCCAGCUACCUAUCAUUAAGAAAAAUCCUAAAGGUGAUAAGUUUGAUAUAACACUACUGUAUGCAAGCAUCAAAGCUACAUGUGAUAAACUAGCUGAAGAUGGUAAUAAAGUCUGGAGUGAUUGUGAUGAGACAAAACUAGAAUAUAUUUUAACUGCUAUUAAAAACUUUAGGUGUAGAUUAGUUCAUGAUCUACCUGAUAUACAAAAUAUUAACGAGAUGGAAGAACAAAUAAACGAACUGCAAAAAUUUCUUAAAAAGGCCCUUGAAUUGGGUGGAGAUCUUUAUGGCCAUACAAAAGAGGUAGAUUCACUUAUUGAUUCAAUGAAUGUGAAUAUUUUGGAAAUAGUAAACACCAGUUUAUCAGUUUUAGAUAUAGACAAAUACAGAAAAAGUUUAGCAGAGUUACAAGAACAUCACAGAAAUGUUGUACAUCAAAGUGUAAGUGAACUAAAAGAUAGAUACAACAAUGUGUCCAAUGUUGAUGCAGCAUCUUUUAUCUCUGGCAGGGAGAGUUUGAAAGUGAAAACAGUGUUUACAAGAUUAGAUCUCAUUAAAGAAGAUAAUGAUGAAUUUUGUAAUGAAACUGUUGACUAUGAAUAUUUGUUAGAGAUUUUGAAGAGAGAUGAAAAUAUUUCAAUUCUAGCUAUAGAAGGGGAAGCAGGUGCAGGGAAGACAACCUUAGUGAAGCUGAUGUUAGCAGAGUGGGCAAGCAGCCCAGAGUCUUCCACUACAGUGAGAGGACUGAAGGAGUAUGACCUUGUACUUCACUUUGAGUGUAAAUACAAGGUAAUAUCUACCUUUUUGGACUUGUUGAAGUUUCUUUUACCUAAACCGUCCUAUGAACUUAAAGACAAUGAUCUUGUGAAUUCGGUGCUAAAUUUAAAUGUGUUAAUGUUAGUUGAUGGCUUAGAUGAGAUAAAUCGUGCUUCAAAGGAACUUAUACAGGAAAUUCUUACAGCACAAAUACCUAAAAGUAAUAAGAAAUUUCAUGUAAUUAUCACAACUCGGCCAAUAAAAUUGCAAGUACUUCCUAAAUUGUGUAACAACCAGCCUUGGUUUCAUGUCAGAAUAAUGGGGAUUCCUUACAACAGAAGAACAGAGUUUGUAUCACGGCUACAUGAAGAAAUGAUUAGCAAUGGCCAGAGUACACAAAAUACACAAAAUCUUGUUGACUAUCUGAAACGUUCCCAUGCCCGUCUUGGAGAUCACUUUCGCUUGCCCCUAAACCUAACCCUCUUGACUUAUCUCUGGGCCUGCAGACCAGAAAGGGUUGGGCCAAUCACCACAGCAACUGGACUCUACAUUGAGUUUCAUGAACUUAUUAAGCACCGCUUAAUUGAUAGACUUUAUGUUUGUGAUCAGAGAGACAAUCCUGUUAGUAACCAAACCGAUGACUUGGAUGAGGUGUCACUGUCAAGGUUGAAAAAUCUCUGCAACCUAUUUGUAAAAUUGUUGUAUGAAACUUGUUUUGAGACCCAUUCUGUAUCUGAAGUUCUUUUUUCUGAUGACUGUAAAAGCAAACUGGAAAAUAAAUGCUUCAAUUUAAAAUUACCCGUUGAGGACAUGUGCGCUGCCUUCUUGGUCAUGGAUCGUAGGUGGACACCUAAAGGGUACACAUCACAACUUGCUGCUCCACAUAAAAGUAUACUUGAGUUUUACUCAGCAGAGCACAUAUUUAACAUGAUGUUUCCUUUUGAUACACCAAGUACAUUUGAAAAUGAACUAAUCAACUUAUGUAAGAAGCAUGGGAGAAGUGACAGUGAAAUAGCAAAACUUUUGGACAUUGUUCAAGCCAGUGAAAAUGCUAAUUCAACAAAAAAAUUGUCUGAUUUCUUACUUUGCAAUAGCGAGAAAAAAUCAGAAUAUCAAAAUGUUUUUCUGCAUUUUGGAGGAUUGCUAGCACACAGGAAGCCUGAAGCUUUGGAUGAAUAUGCAAAGGAGCUGGUUGAUCUUUUGAAACAGACUGGGACUCAAGUAGCUAACUUGUUGAAUUUGGUGACGGAGACAGAAUGUAAUGAAAACAUCACAAAGUAUGUAAGCUGCAAUAUAACCGAGGAAUUGAAUGUAAAUGAUGGCCAGGUAAGUGCAGCAGCAGCCCUCUUCCAGUAUCUGAAACCGUGUAUUCCUGUGUAUAUAGUUUUGGACACAGAUGUGUGCCAAAUUCCUGAUCUGACUCAAAUGAUGAUACAACUCUCUGAAAGAAACUGUGAUGUUGAGCUCCAUAUUAAACAUCAGUGGAAGGACAGCGACUAUGGCACAUCUGACAGUCUUCUUGGAUACAUCAUCAACAAAAGGUGCCGACUGAGUUCCUUCACUGGUUAUUUGGAAAAUUUAGCUGUGUUACCUUGUACACUAAGAGAAUUGUUUUGUACUAUCGCCAAGGAUGCUGAUGCAAAAUCUAUUUGUGAGGGACUCGCUGAUCUGGUGAAUAGUCGUGAUAUAGAACACCUAGGUGUCCAUGUGGUAGCUGGCAUAAAUCCUAAGCUACUAAGCCCUCUGCCAUAUACCAAGCCAAAGUACAAAGAAUGUGGAACUAUCUAUCUGUCUGAUGUGGGAGAUAAUGAUAUUCACUGGGCCUGUGAAGUGACUCAAGCACUUCUUCCCAAAAAUGGGAGGUACUACAGCAUCCUACUCCCUCGAAGUAAUUUAUGUGUAACUAAAUGUAAGGAGUUGGUGACCACGUUGGGAGAUAUGCAAGUCAAGGUUUAUAAGAAAGGGAAGUUUAAGUUAUCCUCCCUUACUAUCACCAAGGAAGAAGAAAUUGCUAUAAGGAAGUUAACAAGGAAAAUAUUAAAUUGUCAGUUUCAUUGUGUGGAUGAAUCAAAUAUCUGGUGAAGUUAGUGUCAUGAGCAAGACAAGCAUGUGUUGGCUGUUACUGCAAAGAAAUCAGGCACCUGGAAAAGCUAAACAAUGCUGCUCUGGAUAAAUCAGAUACUCUAGGUAUGAGCAGCUGUGGCCGUACGAGUUACCAUGUGAAUUUUGAGGUUCUUGUUGUGGAAGAACCAACCAUCAGAUUAAGGAACAGGCUGUGGAGGAAUUAAGCUUCAGGUAAAAGUGGCACACUGUUAAACACACUCGUGGAUAAAUAGCAAAGUUACUGUUAAUUGAUAGGACUUUUGCUUUGCUUCUAAUGUAUUUGUAUGAACCAAUAAAUAUUUUAUUAUUACUGAAA